AUGGGUUUUCGUUUAUCUGGUAUCAGAAAGACACUAUUGGCAGCUAAUCAAGCAUCUUCAAAAGCAGUAGAUGUGCAAAAGGGCUUUCUCGCAGUUUACGUCGGAGAGAAAAUGAAGCGGUUUGUGAUCCCUGUAUCAUACUUGAACCAACCUUCUUUCCAGAACCUGUUGAGUCAAGCCGAGGAAGAGUUUGGAUAUGAUCAUCCCAUGGGUGGUCUCACAAUUCCAUGCAGCGAACAUGUCUUCCAACAUAUAAUUUCUUGCUUGAAUUGA